GCCCCUGAAUUUGACUAUCAAUAUUUUCCUUUUCCAGACUAGAUUUGAUUUUUUAUUUUCGAGCGAUAUCAAGAGAGGACAAGAGUUAAAUAAACUAAACUACCCAACAUCUCCCUACAAGCGACACCCUAGUGAAGCCACCCGAAAAAGUUAAAAGACUAUAACUCUAAGAGAGACAAGAGUAAUGCUUUAAGCGCCACUCUAUGGGCAACACUGUUGGCAGCUCUAGGAACCACCCUAAACUCUAUACAAACUGACAAAGAGUCUAGGAUUUGACGACACUGAGCAUCGGUCCUCCAAAGGAGACUUUUAGGACACCUUACCGGAUCCGGUUGACGACCACCUCGGAAUCACCUUCCACUAUCAAGUGAUUCACGGAUCUUGAGACGACAAUGUUGAUAGUAUCUCUUACUUUUAUGAGCUCUUCUUCGAGGCUGGAUUUGAUUACCUAAUAUAACAAAAUUUUGUUGAAUUCAAGCAAGAUAUGAUAUCGUGGAUUAGCUACUAGACAUUAGAAACACUUUUGAAAUUUGAAUAUAAAAUUGCUCAUGAAUUGUAAAAAAUUGUGUUAAAAUUGAGGACUUAAAAGAAAUGAAUUACUUCACUUUUAGACCAUUAUGCCAAAUUUCUCAAUUCAAUUCUAUCAUCCAAUGGACCACUUAGUUUUCAUCAUGGUUAUCACGCCGAUGGAAUGUCGGUUAUUUGAACCUGGUUCGAUCGGUGUUGGUCAUGAAAUUGGUGUGAACACUAUCGGCAUGUCAUAUAUGAUCGAGAUAUAUAAGAAAAACGGCGUUCUUUUAGUGAAUUUAAUUAAUAAAAAAACGUUAUUUAUUAUUUAUUUUAUGAAUUUAAAAGUUAAAUAUUCAAAUUUUAUGUUGUAUUAAGUAUAAACGUUUACCUAUUGACAUUAAAUAUUAUAUUUAAAUAGGAGUAUGCAUUAUUAAUUUUAAAUUUAUUUUAUUUUAUUUAAAUAUUAAUAAGAAUUGUAAAUUAGUUGUUUUCAAAUAUGUUUUAUAUAUAAUUAAAUUUAUUUGAUGUUAAUGAUUUUCACAUGUAUACAUCUUUUGUUAACCUACAUGAACAGACUCAAUUGGUCGAUCGUAUCCACUUAUCAAAAAGGCGCAUAAUAUAAACCAAUUUGAAAACCUUAAUUGUCAGACCUGGCUUUCAAAAAAGCAAAGAAAUUUGUGAAAAAAAAGAUAUUAGUUUCCCAAUUUUGGUUGAACCUAUCACCGGCCAGGUGGUCUGAUCAGCAUCGAGACCACCCAGCCAGUGCCAACCAACCACCAUCGAAAUCAACGGCGGAGGAAGAAACAAACUCCCCCGCAUUUAUUUAACCACCCGCACCCCAACACUUCCCCUCAACGCGCAAUCACCGCUCUUUCUCUCUCUCUUUUUUCCCCUACUCGAAUUUAUAAUUCGAAAUACUUUCCCCCUUUUCAACCUUAUCAUCCCUGUCCUCCCUCUUUCUCUCGCCUUCGUUAUUGUUCUUCCCCCCAAUCCUUCUCUCUUCCACCGAAACAAACCCCAAACCGCCAAAGCAGAAGCAGCGAUGGCUCCUCGAUUCUUGCUGUUCGUUGCUCUCUGCGUCCUCCCUGCUCUCGUCGCCGCCACUCGCCCUGCUCGCAACCCUUUCCUCGUCCGCGGCAAGGUCUACUGCGACACUUGCAACUUCGGCUUCGAGACCCCUAAAUCCACUUCCAUCGCCGGUGCGACGGUGAGGAUCGUGUGCAAGGACAGGAAAUCGAACAAGGUAGUAUACCAGAGAGAAGGCAAGACGAACUCGGAAGGAAACUACCAGAUCCAGGUCGACGAGGACCACCAGGACCAAGUGUGCGAUGCUAAAGUUGUUCGGAGCCCGCAGCUGGACUGCUUCAAGACUUCCUCGGGCCGGGAUCAGGCUCGCGUGAUCUUGACGGAGAACAACGGGAUUGCGUCCAGGGAAAGGUACGCGAACGCCAUGGGCUUCUCCAAGGAAGGAACCGUUGCUGGUUGUUCCCAGCUUCUUAGCCUUUACCAGGAUAAUGAUGAUUAGAGGGAAGUAAGUAACAUGGCCGCUUGCCUCCGUUGAGUUUUAUCAUAUUAUUAUAUUUGUUGGGGGUGUGAGUUCUUCUAUUUUGUUGCUCGAAAGGGUGUUCUUUUUUUUUGUUGCUGAAAUUGACUCAUGUUCUAGUACUGAUUGUCUGUUGAUUUAAUUAUCCUCUUAUGAAAUGGACUGGAUCCUGUCUGUUAUGGUGUAUUAGCCACCUGAAGUUCAUAUUAAUAUUAGUAUAUAUAUAUACACGAUUACGCUUCCACUAUAUGUUAAUCACAUUAAACUGUUGUGUUUCUGUAACAAUGAUUACACUAGAAACAUUGGUGGUCUAUCUAACUAAACUUAGCUCUCUGCUAUUCCAUCGGGUUCUACUAUGAGUCAUGAUAUGAUAUGUGUCGCAUUAUUUCCACUCCACCCCAUUUCACAUGAUACAAACUCUCGCUGCUCCCUUCUCUCCUUGGGCUAGAUAUGGUUUGAAAUUACUGCAGAUGGUGCAUAUUUCAGUAUCAAUUAGGGCUGGAAAUUUGGUAUAGGACUGUUUGGUUUUACCCGAAACCGGACCGUAUAACCCGGACUGGGACCAGAUUGGGACUGGAUAGCAAACAAUCCAAUCUCAUAUUCGGGCUUAGAUUUGAGGUAAAAAACCCGGAUAAAGACCGGAUAAGAGACCCCAAUACUCAAAACCUCACAAGCUCAAUCUAAAAUCAAAUUGGGACCGGACCGGGUCAAAGACCGGACUGGAUCAAGACCGGAGUGUAUCCAAUCCAAUCUUUGGUCCUUAUAUUCCCGAAAAGACCGAACUGGGACCAAAUCAAUUUGGUCCAAUUUAGCAGGACCGGACCGUAUAGCCAUCCCUAGUAUGAAUCCUCGGUGCAUCCUAUUACUUGUUUACUAAAGGGAAGAGCUCUCGAGAAACAGAGCAACUUGACAAUCCACUUCCAAAAUCUGAUGUUGGACUUGAAGAUUAACAGCUAGUUGUACUCCAAACUCGACUCUCAAGUGGUCGUUUGCUUGAGUCAUUUGUACGAGUUAUUUAGUAUCAAAUGACUCAAAUAAGUCAUUUAUUGAGUCGUUUGAUGACAAAUAACUCGUUUGCUAAACAAAAUGCAUGAGUCAUUUCGUCCGUACGAAAGUCUUAUCGAGUCGUUUCGUCCAUACGAAAGUCUCAUCGAGUCAUUUUCAAAUGACUCAUUAUUUAGUCCAAAUAUUCUAAAUAUGUCCUUACUAAUUUUAUGUAUACUUCUAUCAUUCUCUUUCGAUUAUUUGUUUUCUAUGUCAUUGCUUCGUCCUCUCAGAAUUAUUUGUUUCGUUCUCCCAAAUUACACAAGCAACAAAGAGGAUCAUCUACGUAGCGGUUUAUCUUUUUUGUCACAAAGAUCAUCAUUUGUAAUUAGCUUAAAAUUCAAGAGUGAUGGAGACGUUACAUUCAUUUUAUAAAAAAAUUAAAAUAGAUUUAUAAUUUAAAAUUAGGAAGUAGUACUAUACUACUAUACAUGACAAACACCCAAAUAAUAUGUUUUGUUGAUUUUAAAUUAAUUUUGUUUAUGUGGUGGGUUUUAUUAGAAUAGGAAACAAGAUAUUGGAACAUAUAUGAAUUAAAAGUAAUGGAACAUAUAUGAAUUAAAAGUAAGGUCAAAAUGGUAAAUUUAUACAAAUGACUUAUUUAAAAAUGACUCAUCUACAAAAAAUUUAGGGUAAAUACAAUAUAUUAGCCACAACUAUUAUGAAGCGGGGAAUUAUAGCCACAACUAUGGAAAUUCAAAUUAUUAGCCAUAACUAUUGUUGCGAGUCAGGAUAUGGCUAACUGUCCGUUACUUUUAUUGAAUUUUUUAUGGAGAAGGCCACUUCAUCAGCCACGACAGCAGCCACAUCGGAAUGCUUUUAAUUUAUAACUUUAAAACAUAAAAGUUUAGUCAGUAUGACUAACGAAAUUGUUAACAGAUAGUUAACGUUUGGCUAAUAAUUUGAAUUUCCAUAG